GAAAGAAGACGACGUCGACGUCGACGCCGCCGCCCUGGGCGGUAGCGGGAAACAGGGAGGGAUUUUCCAACAAGGAAACAGAAAGUCCGGAAAUUGGGCAAGAACAACUUGCGCGAAGGGGGGACGUUUUUCCAAUGACCCCCCCUCCUCUCUUUGCAGAAAAAAAGCAUUUUUGACCUCCCUUCCUUUCUUGCACCGCCGGCCGGAGGCUUGUGACUAGGAGCUUGCUUGACUUACACAAAGAGGAGACUCAGCUGCGACUUGUCUUCAGAAGAUGCUCAGGGCGCGCGAAGGAGGCAGCUAAGUACUUUCCAGCCUCCCACGAGGCGGACAACUUCCCAGUCGAGAGAACACUUCAGCGGCGUGGGGUGUUUUUAUUUUUUUUAUUUUAAAUAUUUUGUUUGGAGAUACCCGUCUCCUCUUCUUUCAACGUCUCCUUUCAAACUUUUCUUAAUUAUUUAAAAGCACACACCACCACCGGGAAGCUGUUGCUCCGUUUUCCUUUGGAACGAACUUCUGGCAGCUGAGAAGUCGUUCCCUCACGCCGCCCAGUUUCUCGUGACUGUUUUCUGGGGCGUGUGUGUGUGUGUGUCUUGUUUCAGAGGAGGAGGAGGCCUUCUUUCCCACCCCGCUGCCCCGGUGUGACUGACUUUCCCCUUCCUCUCCCUCCUUCCCCCUCCAUGGAAAGCGGCUGCCAUGGCUCUGAGCAAAGGGCUGAGGGUGUUGUGGAAGCAGGAACCCACGGCGAGCGCCCUGCUAGAGGCUCGCGGCCGCCAGGACUGCCUGCUGCUGGAAGCCGGCACGAUGGCCACCCUCACUCCUGAAGAAAAGGAAGAAAUUAAAGGGCAAUAUGAGAAGCUCAUGGAUGCUUAUGGGUGCUUAGGAGAACUCCAGUUAAGAUCUGGCAACACCACCCUUCAUUUUCUGGUCCUUGUGACAGGCUGUGCAUCAGUGGGAAAAAUACUUGAUGCUGAAGUUUACAGAAUCACGACAACAGAAUUCUGUCCUCUCCAGGAAGAAACUAAGGAGGAAGAUCGUGUUUCUGCCUUGAAGAAAAUUCUUAAUUCUGGGGUGUUUUAUUUUUCUUGGCCAAACGCAGGGUCAAAUUUUGAUAUCACUGUCCGAGCCCAGAAACAGGGCGAUAACAACUAUGGAACUGCAAACUCAUUCUUCUGGAACCAGCUACUGCAUGUCCCCUUUAAACACUACCAGGUGAAUUGCUCUGAUUGGCUGUUAAAAGUGAUCUGUGGUGUGGUGGACAUUCGCACUCUGUACGCUUCUCACAAGAAGGCAAAGGCCUGCCUCAUCUCCCGGAUCAGCUGCGAGAGAGCUGGUGCCCGGUUUCACAUACGAGGAGUCAAUGAUGAUGGCCACGUUUCCAACUUUGCUGAGACGGAGCAGACUAUCUAUUUGGACAAUGAUGUUUCUUCCUUUGUUCAAAUCAGAGGCUCAGUUCCACUAUUUUGGGAGCAACCCGGGCUACAGGUUGGCUCCCAUCAUCUAAAACUCACCAGAGGCCUGGAAGCUAAUGCUCCUGCUUUUGACAAGCAUAUAAUGCUCAUGAAAGAACAAUAUGGUAAACAAGUGAUUGUUAACCUGUUAGGAAGCAAAGGAGGAGAGGACGUCCUCAACAGGGCAUUCAAGAAGUUGCUCUGGGCAUCAUCCCAUGCAGGAGACACACCCAUGAUUAAUUUUGAUUACCACCAGUUUGCAAAAGGUGGAAAAAUGGAGAAGCUUGAGAAUUUGCUGGGGCCUCAGCUGAAGUUGCAUUGGGAAGAAUUAGGCAUCUUCACCAAGGGCGAGCAUGCAGGUUUCCGUCAACAGAUGGGUACCUUGCGAACCAAUUGCCUGGAUUGUCUGGACCGAACCAACACCGUUCAGUCCUUCAUAGCACUUGAGGUUCUGUUCACUCAGCUAGAGAGCCUGGGAUUAAACUCCAAGCCUAUAGUUGAACGUUUCCUGGAGUCUUAUAAAGCAAUGUGGGCCCUCAAUGGACACAACCUAAGUAGAAUUUUUACAGGCAGCCGUGCCUUGGAUGGAAAAGCUAAGGUUGGGAAGUUCAAGGAUGGCGCGCGCUCAAUGUCACGGACAAUCCAGUCAAACUUUUUUGAUGGUGUGAAACAGGAAGCCAUUGACUUGCUGCUUAUGGGUGAUUUCUACAGUGAAGAGCAAGCGGAAAAAGAGAGGAUGCUCAUGGACCACACGGCAUUGCUGAUGACUCCUAGCAUUUUGAAAGCCAUGUCAGAGCAUCAGUUUGAAUUCACAAACUUCAAGAGAAUUCGUGUUGCUAUGGGGACUUGGAAUGUCAAUGGAGGCAAACAGUUUAAGAGCAAUAUCCUUGGUACCAGCGAGUUAACAGAUUGGUUACUGGAUUCCCCAAAGCUUUCUGGUGUUUCAGAAUUUCAAGAUGACCAUUGUCCGGCCGACUUAUUUGCUGUGGGAUUUGAAGAGAUGGUAGAAUUAAAUGCUGGGAAUAUUGUCAAUGCUAGCACAACUAAUAAGAAGAUGUGGGGAGAACAGCUUCAGAAAGCCCUUUCCAGGACACAUCGAUACAUUCUGUUGACAUCAGCACAGCUUGUUGGUGUUUGCCUCUUCAUCUUCGCACGACCUUUCCAUGUCCCCUUCAUCAGGGAUGUAGCAGUGGACACAGUGAAGACUGGAAUGGGAGGGAAAGCUGGCAAUAAAGGAGCAGUUGCCAUCCGUUUUCAGUUUCAUAGCACCAGCUUAUGCUUCCUGUGCAGCCACUUGACAGCUGGUCAGUCUCAGGUGAAAGAGCGGAAUGAGGAUUAUAAAGAGAUCACACAGAAGCUGAGCUUUCCAAUGGGAAGAAGCAUGUUUUCCCAUGACUAUGUGUUCUGGUGUGGUGAUUUUAACUACCGCAUUGACUUGACCUAUGAAGAAGUAUUUUAUUUUCUCAAACGACAAGAUUGGAAGACACUCCUGGAGUUUGAUCAACUGCAGCAGCAGAAAUCCAGUGGAAAAAUCUUUAAGGAUUUUCAUGAAGGAACUAUUAAUUUUGGUCCAACAUAUAAGUACGAUGUUGGCUCAGAGGCUUAUGAUACAAGUGACAAAUGCAGAACUCCAGCCUGGACUGACAGAGUACUUUGGUGGAGGAAGAAACUUCCUGUUCAUAAAACGGCUGGAGAGAUCAAUCUUUUUGAUGCUGACCUCAGUGCAGAAACCAAAAUCAGACCCAUUUGGUCUCCUGGUGCCUUGAUGUAUUAUGGAAGAGCUGAGCUCCAGGCAAGCGACCACAGGCCUGUUUUAGCUAUUGUGGAAGUAGAAGUCCAAGAAGUUGAUGUGGCGGCUCGGGAGAAUGUUUUCCAGGAAGUGUCAUCCUUCCAGGGUCCUCUGGAUGCCACAGUUGUGGUUACUCUGCAGGCCCCAUCCCCUGAAGAGAGAGAUGAAUUUCCAGAGGACUUGCGUACCGAACUAAUGCAAAUCUUUGAGACUUAUGGCAUCGUUGUACUUGUAAGGAUCAAUGGAGGCCAGAUGCUUGUAACAUUUGCAGAAAGCAGGUCUGCUCUUCAAGUUCUUGAUGUAGAUGGUGUCAAGAUUAAAGGCAAGACAGUGAAGAUCUGGCCUAAAACCCAGGACUGGCUGAAGGGCCUUCAGGAGGAAAUCACUAGGAAACGAGACAGCAUCGCCCCCAUGUCACCCACAGCAAACUCCUGUCUACUGGAGGAAAAUUUUGAUUUUACAAGUUUAGAUUAUGAAUCAGAAGGUGAUAUUCUUGAUGAUGAAGAUGAUUAUUUGGAUGACAUGCCACCACAUUUACCUCUAACGACAGAAGUGGCAUUAGCAGUGGAUGAUUUGCUGGAUGGGCCUGAAUGUUUGAUGGUGGCAUCCACGGUACAUGCAAACAAAUCUCACCAUGCUGGAAGAAAGCUGCAUCCGUAUAAAGAUGAUGCUGACCUGAUCGAACCGAAACAAGAGCUGGACGGAGGUGGGGAGUUUCGCCGUCGUUCCCCAAGCAGGUCUCUUUCUGUCCCAGGCAGGCCUCGGCAGCCUCAGCCACCACAGCGACCUCCUCCUCCAGCUGGAGUAUCUGUUAAAAAAUCCACAUCAGAUGGGUUCAUCUCUUCAGGAGGCCACUCUCUGUGUUCCAUCCUGCAGACUGCAAAGCUGCUUCCAGGGGCACCUCAGCAACCACCAAAAUCACGGACUGGAAUUAGCAAGCCAUAUAAUGUCAAGCAGAUCAAAACCACAACCCCUCAGGAAGCAGAGGAAGCAAUUAGAUGCCUGAUGCAAGCAAAAGGAGUAACUCCGGAGGAAGCCUUGGCACCCAUUUCAGGAAGGACCCAAACUGUCACUAAAUCUGAAAGCCUCCCUGGUGUUGCAAAGUCUGCACAACUUCACAGCCCGCAACAACCCCCAGUGCUCAUACCUCAGCGUCCAGCACCAAAGGUUCCCUCUGCUAAGAAACCAGCACCCCUGCAGAGGAUGGGAGGGAAGCCAGGAUGUUCUCCUUCUCCAGAAGAGCAGUUUGAGCAAUCUGUUGGUCACUUCUCCUUUGCGCUGCCAGAGUCUUGCCUCGAGGCUAGAGCCAUUGCUACAAGUCCUACCAGAGCAGCCCCUGUUCCUAAGCCAAGAACAGUCCCCCCGGGCAAAAUCCUUGAGAGAAGGAGCAGCGAAAGGUACCCGGCUGCCUUGCGUCUUCUGGAGGAGAGCUCUUGUCUUCCUUCUCAGAAUUCUACCCAUGCUCCAAGAGUUCCACCGAGGAGAAAGAAAUCUGCUCCUCCUGAUUUUCAUCUGCAAGUACUCCAGAGCAGUGACGGCCUGUUUCUCAAGGGGUUAACAUUUAAUUCCAACAAUAACAACAACCCGUCUCACACUCAGUCUGAUUCCAUCCCACUUUCUCCAAGUGAGCCCUUUCUACCUGCAGCAGCAGGAGCCACGAUAGAAGACGACUCCAAACCCUUGAGGCUCAUGGCUUCAGAGUUAAUUAGCGGCCUGCAGAUUCUUCCGCCCAUGUGCCUCCAGCAGCAACACCAGCAGCUUUCAGAUGACGACUUUCUUAGAGGGAGCACCAGUCUUUUAGACCUGGAGACUGACUUCAUUGCUUAUCAGUCAAUCCCUCAACCGCUGCCGAUCAGCCCAACACAUGCUCCAAAAGAUGUGAAACUCCCCAGUGCAAGUGAUUUCAGCCACUGGGUUACAUUUGGUGAAGAGGGCAACAGCGGCACCAUCUCUGAAAGUCCUAGUGUACUGGUUGCGUCCAACCAGAACCAAAAUGCCUGUGUAGACCCCAACACCAGUUUAAAACUAUGAGCCUGGGGCGCCCCCACUUGCUUUUUCUGCAACAAACAAACAAAUCAUAACAGGACAAGAUUUUUUUCUGAAACAAUUUGCUUUAUUCUCAGAGCCUCUGGUACAGGAAGGACUGAGUUAAAUGAGUUGUUAUGGUACUUCACACUCCACACCUCCUCCAAUGAAUUCUGAUUUAAUUUGUACGGUGAGUGGCAACCUUCUCUUCCGUGUGCAUGCUACAAUGCCUUUUGGUACAAUUGCUUCGCAUUUGCACUUUGCUUGCUUUCUGUACUUCAUACCAAGGCUGUCUGUCCCUUGCUGUGAAAAGGAUAGCAUGGAGGUUUCUGCAUUAUGUCUAAAGAGGAAUUUUGUGUCUAUUUGGGCACACAGCAGCAGUUGCUUUGAAAAGCUGAACACACUUCCUAGGAGAGGCCCUAGUGAACUGGGUAGGACAUAAUUCUGGAUAAACAUGCUGAACAUUUCACAGUAUGUUUGCCUCUGCAUCUUCCCUUUCAUGCUUCUUAACAUCUGCAGAGUCUGGGAAGCUUAAACCAAAUGAGCUCAAGCCAGUAAGCGCUCUGUUGUUUUUCCACCAAGACCUGAAAGGGAGGAAAUUACCUGCAGAUUCUGCCUAAUGACAACAGAAUAAUGUGGAGAUGGUCAACCACGGCUGCUGUAGUUGUAGUGCUGCUGGUGGUAUCAAGGACUGCCAUGUAGGAGUCCCGAGUGAUAAAGCGGGCCAACGGGUGGGGGAGCGUGUGCCCAUACGCUAUUUUGGGCGCACUUCCGGGUUGACGGGGUGCCGGAAAUAGCUUAUGCGCAUGGGCCUCCUCUCACCCAGAAGUGGGCAGCUGCGCCGUGCCGGUCCUCGCGGGCCAGAUAACUGGUU